AUGAGGAAGGCAAGUCAAUAUGCAGUGGAUGUGACUUUGGAUCCAGUGACUGCUUCGGGCUGGCUGUGUCUGUCCCCAGAUAGGAAACAGGUGAGCCUCAGCCUCCAGCAGAAGAAACCCUCUCCCCCUGACGACCCACGCAGGUUUGACUCAUGCGUCUCAGUUCUGGGGAAAGAAAGCUUCACCUCUGGGAGACAUUACUGGGUGGUUCAGGUUGGGAAUAAAACAGACUGGGAUCUUGGCGUGGCCAAGGAGUCCAUCAACAGGAAGGGGGCCAUCACGGUUCGUCCCGACAACGGUUACUGGGCAAUCUGCCGGAGGAAAUUCGGCCAUCUCAGCGCCUGUGCCGGUCCCUCCGUCACCCUCCACCUUUACGAAACCCCCCAAAAAGUUGCUGUGUUCCUGGAUUACGAGGAACGGUUAGUGUCCUUCUACGACGCAGAAGCAAAGACCCACAUCUACACUUACAGCGGGUGUGACUUCACUGAGACACUAUACCCAUACUUUAACCCCUGUCUUCAUGACAACGGGAAGAACACCGCCCCGUUGAUUAUCUGUCCUGUUGAGCUUGGGCACGUUGAAGAGAUUGCGACAUUUUGA